AUGUCGGUGGUGGUGUCAGACGAUGAAAAUUCUGAAGAUUCUUUUUCAGAUUUAUCUCAAUUCUCGAUACCACGAGAGUACAACUCGCGUGAUGAAUCAAAAAGUGACAGUUUUAAAUUAUAUCAAAGACACAAAUCCACCAACGUAGCUAAGAAUCUAAUAAAUAGACAAAUUUACGGGAGGUUUACGAAGAAUCCUAAAGCUAAGACUGAAAGAAUAUUUAACAAUAUACACCAUAAAUGUAGAUUUGGCCUAAGUUCCCUACUUAAAGACUAUGAAACGAUGAAUCACGUUUUUAUGGGGUUCACGUUGUGUGGACAGUAUUUUCUAAGUUUUACGGAACGACCGCUUGAAUCUAUCAACCAUGUUGCACCGUCUUUAUUCUUUAAUGGUUCUUAUGAGUAUGAAUUGUACUUGUGGAGGUUCAUACCUGGAGAAAAGCUGAAAUAUGUUUCUAAACAUGGGAUCUUUAAACAUUUGAGAGGGUUGGGGGUUCUGGAUAAAAUUAUGUUUAUGCAAUUUCCAAUGGAUCCACAUAAAUUACUGUGCUACGGCCUGGCGGCCACAAGCCCGGCCAUGGUGUACAUAACCAUAAUCACUCUCCCGUUUCCAAAGAGUUGCAAACAUUGCCAUCGAAAUUUAUCUCGAGACGAAUCUGUGAGUCAAGGUUGGUGCGUGAAACACGGCUUCGUCCUGCACUAUGUGUUCUCAAUGUCUCAACCUAGCCCCAGCUUCGACCCCCACAUUUCCCUGGCCUACCCGGACCACCUCGUCAUAAAUACCGGCCACCACAUCCACAUUUUAAACGUAACGACCCUCGAUCCACCUCAGUCAAGCGUAAAUUUAUCAAAUUUCGUAAAAGAAGACGACUCAAAAUUACCCUCUCAAUCGGUAUCUAACUUUACCGACACUUUUAGCGAAGUGUCGGAAUCUCCAAGCGAGCAUUUCGGUACGAAUAGCGUCGUCGAUGCUAUACUUGAGGACUUUAAUAGCGAGUACGACUUGGAAGGUAACGAAUGUAACAAACCUUUUCACGAAUUAAACAUCAGUUGUGAGCCUUUAAACGUGACGGGGAAAAGUUAUCAUAACACUUUAGUCCAGAAUAUCGUCGAUCCGCGUUUCAAACGGUUACAAAACACGAGCAAAGACUAUCUGUUUUCAGUACCGCAGAGUUCGGGCGUGCAAAAGUCGGCCGAGAAAAACAAAAUCGACAAAAAGAUCGCCGAAAAAGCGUACGAGUUUAUUGAAGAGAACGAGAAGUGCGAAAAAUUGAGCUCUUUUCGGAAAAAGCGACUCGCGGAGAAAAAGUACGAGUUUUCGGAGGAUAAUAGCGAGAAUAUCGUGCCGUUCAAUUCGCUCCGGCGCGAGAGGAGGUAUCUGCACCGUUCGCAGAGUCGCUGUAUUCGCUCGCCCGACUUUAACAGUUUGUUUUUAAGCCCGCAUUCGCCGAUGCAGUCGCCCAAUUCGCGAAAUGGGCAGUUUUCGCCCGGAGGAGCGCGGAAUUUGUACUGUCCGUCGAUUCGCAAUUCGCCACAUCAUUCCAAGUCGCCGAUAAGUCCGAGAGAAUCGGCGCGGAAGUUAUAUGUGUAUUCGCCGAGUUUAGAUAGCGAUUGUUCGGAUUCGGAUUCGAGAUUGAUUUUGAGAAUGCCGGGGAAUUUUUCGGCCCAAGUCGAUCGGUUUUCUCAGCAAAGCGGGUUAUUGAUUGUAGAUCCCAAGACCGAGACGCCGAGGUGGAUCAAAAAGGUCGUGAGGAGGUACUCGAAUGGCGAUUUCGAGAACAGUUCGCUGCUUUCGGGGCAAAGUAGAGAUGAUUACAAUAUUCCAAUUGAGAUACCUCUCCUUGUCCAUACACUGACUGACCAACACUUGGACGUCGUUCCCGAUUUUAAAGUGGAUCAAGUGACUGAAAUGCAACUAAUCGUCACUCAGCGAACAUUUGACUGUGAACAAUUUGUCCAAAGACGCGCUCAAAAAUUAUGCAGCGACUCUCUUCUUGAAUUCCUACAUUGUCAGGAUUACGAUAUUAAACUGAAUUAUAUUUGUCCGUUAGAUGGACACAUCGUAUGUCAAGCUGUGAUUAAAAUGGGUACUCUAAAAACGGUCGAACCAUACUACGGCAAGCCGGAAAAUUACACGACGCACUGUUGGUUCGUUUGGAAUAUAGCGACUGAUAGUUUCGAAGUGAUUGAACCGCCUGAUGAUAUUAAACUACAACCUACUGAAAMUUACCAAGAUUUGCCUCAUGUUGACUUUCCAAGUACUCACUGUAACGGGGUUCUCGUUAUGGACUAUUGCUAUUCGAAGACGAAAACGAGUCUCAGGGAUUAUGAUAAUUACUAUGAAAUUUGUUUGAGGUCCGAUUCUAUUUCUCUUAGGUCGUCAGAUGACAGUUUUAGUUUUAGCGAUUGAUUUGUAUUUUUCCGUUUGAGUGGAUGUAAAAUUUUUAAGUUGUAUUUUUUUCUGAACGUGUGGACGUAUUGGACUUUAACAGUAAUAAGUUAAACUGUGAUUUUAAUGUUGUGAAGUUAAAUAAAAUUAUUUAUAAAU